AAAAAUUUUUCAAACUUCUUCGCUUACUUUGGUUGGCAUUGAACGAAUCGUUCACAGAACACACCAAAAGAUAAAUCGCUGGAGGAAGCUUGAAUACCGGUUUGAAGAUAAUCAAACCAUCAGCUAGAGUAGAAGUGCACUUUUCAGAGUUGGUUCGUUCCUCCGGGAUUUAUUUGACAGGUAGAAGCAUACUACACCCUUUGCGUUUAUUUCGCCUGUUUCGCAGUUCCGGGAUAUUAAAAAGUUUUCUCGCUGCUCCUGCCUUCCUCGAC